AUGACCGCCACCGAGUCCCAACAAGGAGUGUUGAAGAUGGAAUUGGACAAGGGAGGAGCCUUCUCGUUUGACAAUUGCUUCCGCAACAUGGCCAUGUGUCGAAUGGGAGCCGCCCCACCGCGAUUGACAUCAACUGGUACAACAAUUGUGGCUGCGUCAUACAACGGAGGUCUUGUGAUGGGAGCCGACUCGAGGGCCACCGCUGGGAAUAUCAUCGCUGACAAGCAUUGCGAGAAAGUGCACAAACUCACCGAGAGCAUUUACGCGUGCGGAGCCGGAACGGCCGCCGAUCUUGAUCAGGUCACGAAGAUGCUUUCAUCAAAUCUCCGUCUCAUGGAGUUGAACACCGGAAAGAAGGCGCGCGUGAUCACCGCGAUGCGACAAGCAAAACAACAUCUAUUUGAUUAUCAGGGCUACAUCGGAGCCUACUUGUUGAUCGGUGGAGUUGACCCAACUGGCCCACAUCUUUACGAAUGCACUGCCAAUGGAACCACCAUGCAUAAGGAGUUUGCUGCUCAGGGUUCUGGAAGCUACGCCGCAAUCUCGGUGCUCGAACGUGACUUCAAGGUUGGCAUGGAUGAGGCACAAGCUAAGGCUCUUGUGCAACGGGCUCUUCACGCUGGUAUGAGUGGAGAUAAUGCUAGUGGAAACUCAUUGAAUCUUGUGAUCAUCCGUCCUGAGAAAACCAUCUUUGAGGGACCAAUCGUGCCGGAUUUUUGCAAGAAGCCGGAGCCCAUCGAUCUCGAAUAUAAAUUUAAGCCCGGAUCGACGGCCGUCCUCAAGCGCAAAGAAAUCAAGUACGAGAUUGUCGAAAGCAUGGACAUCCAU